AUGGCUUCUACCAUGCGGAUUUUGCUGAUUGGUAAUGGCGGUCGCGAACAUGCGCUCGCCUGGAAGUUGAGCCAGUCCCCCGCCGUCGAGGCCAUCUUUGCGGUUCCGGGCAAUGGUGGCACUGCGACCUGUCCCAAGACCACCAAUGUCUCCUCCGUUGCUGCGAACGAUUACCCGGCGCUCGUCGCAUUCGCCAAGUCCAAUGCAAUCACAUUGGUCGUUCCUGGCCCGGAGGCACCUCUCGUCGAUGGCGUCGAAGGGUACUUCCGCGACGCUGCGAUUCCCUGCUUCGGUCCCUCUAAGGAGGCCGCUCGCAUGGAGGGCAGCAAGACUUUCUCCAAGGACUUUAUGAAGAAGCAUGGAAUUCCCACCGCCGCUUACGAGAACUUUUCCGACUUCGACCAGGCUCUCGCAUAUCUCGAUCGCAUCUCGCAUAAUGUCGUCAUCAAGGCCACCGGACUCGCCGCUGGCAAGGGUGUCAUUAUCCCCGCUACCAAAGACGAGGCGAAGGCUGCUCUGAAGCAGAUCAUGGUCGACAAGGCUUUUGGAGAUGCGGGACAGGAGGUCGUCAUCGAAGAAUACCUGACCGGCGACGAGCUCAGCAUUCUCACUUUCAGCGACGGUACCCACACCAUCUCACUGCCUCCGGCGCAAGACCACAAGCGGAUCGGAGAUGGAGACCAGGGCCCGAACACCGGCGGUAUGGGCUGCUACGCACCCACCACCAUUGCCACGGACGCAUUGAUCAAACGCAUCGAAGAUGAUGUUGUGCAGCCUACCAUUCGAGGCAUGCGUCAAGACGGCAUGCCCUUCAGGGGCGUCCUGUUCACUGGGCUCAUGAUCGGCCCCGACGGACCCAAGACGCUAGAAUACAAUGUCCGCUUCGGCGACCCGGAGACGCAAACUGUGCUGCCGCUUCUGUCCGCCGAUACCGAUCUUGCCGAAAUCAUGCUCGCAUGCACGGCACACGAAGCUCGCCUCGAUUGCGUCAAGGUGAAGAUCGAGCCAAAAUUCAGCGCUACCGUCGUUGUCGCCGCUGGAGGUUAUCCCGACGCCUACGCCAAGGGCACGCCGAUGAAUGUGCAGGCGUCAAGCUCGCCUGACAUCACUGUCUUCCACGCCGGAACAGUCCUCACGGCGGAAGGCCAGCUCCAGACUGCGGGCGGUCGGGUCAUUGCCGUCAACGCGACAGCUGCCGAGUCCCUGGAGGCAGCGGUCAACAAGGCAUACCAGGAGGGUAUCAAGCUGAUCCAGUUCGACAAGAUGUACUACCGCAAGGACAUCGCUCACCGCGCCUUUCGAAACAAAACCGGGGCUAAGGAGGCGCUCACAUACGCCGCCGCUGGCGUGAGCGUCGACGCCGGCAAUGACUUUGUAGAGCGUAUCAAGAAGGCUGUGAGGGCCACAAGACAGCCUGGUGCAGAUGCUGAGAUUGGAGGCUUUGGAGGUGAGGUAGAUUUGGCCAAGUGCGGCAUCCAGACGGAUGAUGGACAGCUUCCGAUUGUUGUUGGUGCCAUCGACGGCGUGGGUACCAAGCUGCUCAUUGCGCAGAAGAUGGGGAAACAUGACACGGUGGGCAUCGACUUGGUCGCCAUGAAUGUGAACGACCUGGUGGUUCAGGGUGCGCGACCUCUCAUGUUCCUUGACUACUAUGGCUGCAGCAAGCUGGACCUCAGCACGGCGGCAUCCUUCGUUGAGGGUGUGGCGGCGGGCUGCAUCGAUGCGGGCUGCACGCUGGUCGGCGGAGAGACUGCUGAGAUGCCAGGCAUGUACCAGAAGGAUGACUAUGAUGCGGCGGGCUGCGCCGUUGGCGUCAUGACUGGCCGCCACCGACUUCCGCGUACCCAGGACAUGGCACAGGGAGAUGUUCUUCUGGGACUGUCUUCAAGUGGCGUGCACUCGAAUGGGUUCUCACUCGUUCGCAAAAUUGUGGAACGCGAAGGACUGCAAUAUUCCGACCAGGCGCCGUGGGACCAAGGUCGGAGCGUGGGCGAGAAUCUCCUGACACCGACACGAAUCUAUGUGAAGAGCUUGCGCGGGGUUGUCGAAAAGGGGCUUGUCAAGGGACUCGCACACAUCACCGGUGGAGGUUUGAUCGACAACGUACCUCGCAUGCUGCCAGACGAACUCGCUGCCGAGAUAGACUUGACGUCAUGGCAAGUGCCGGCCGUCUUCAAGUGGCUCAAGAUCAGUGGUAAUGUCGAGGCGCUACAAAUGUGCCGCACAUUCAACAUGGGCAUCGGUAUGGUAGUGGCCGUUGGCGUGGAUCAAGUAAAGGAUACUGUAGCAGCGUUGGAGGCUGCGGGUGAAAAGGUCUCCCGAAUUGGGCGGCUUGUGAAGCGAGACGGUGAGGCUUGUGUCAUGACAAACCUGAACUCUGUGGUGUGGGAGUCAUGA